AUGGUCCACAUUAAAAAUAAAUCUUCCAAACUUGGAAAUCAAUUAAAAAGUAUUCUACAUGCAACAAAUAAUUCAGCGACUAAAAUUAAAUCUAUAAAUAGAGAAGUGAAAUGGUCAAAAAAUACCAAUGAGUUUCGCGAAGAAUUUAUUACAAGUGAUGGUAUACAAGCUUUAAAUACAUUUGUUAAUUGGUGUCAUGAACAAAGAUUACUGAAAUUACGUGAACAAGCUAAAGUAGAACAAUUACAUAUUGAUAAAUUGAAACAACAGUUUAAUGAAACUGUCAUUCAAAUGAAAAAUGUUAACAAUAACGAUGAUGUUCAACAGCAUAAAGUGGUUAUGCUAUUACCACCAUUGAAUGAAUUAGAAAGAUGUGUUGUACGUUUAGGUGAAUCACAUGUAACUGAAAGACGUAAAUGUUGUGUAAGUUAUGUCUAUUAA